GAUUUUAUUUACAAUAGUAUCCACUAAAGGAAACUACAACCACAACCACAACCUUAAACUCACAGUAUAUACCGUUCCGUGCCUUGAGUUGUGUGUCAGUUGAGGGAAAUGGGCACUUCAGGGAUUAUCUUCUCGACCACACAUCUGUGCUCACCUUCCAAUUCUAUUUCCUUCCCUAGCCCACGGCCAUGGCCACUUCUCCCUCAACUUCGAACUUCGACACGUGCUCUUCCUCUUUCCCGAAUUCGCUCCUCAGUUUCUUCUUCUUCUUCUACUACUACAGAGCUUACCCCAGAUAAACUUCCGACAAUUGAUUCUUCUGUAACUGGUGGUGCAUAUGAUUUCACAAAAGCAACAACAUCACUAACGAAUGAGUUAAUCUCUUCACCGAAGAAAGUAACUCUUUUAAGGCACGGUCUUAGCACUUGGAAUGCAGAAAGCAGGAUUCAGGGAAGCUCAGAUUUGUCUGUAUUAACUGAAGUUGGAGAAGAGCAAGCAGAAAGGUGCAAGAAAGCCUUGGAAAAUAUAUACUUUGACCAGUGUUUUGCAAGUCCAAUCUCUCGUGCCAAGCAAACUGCUGAAAUUGUAUGGCAAGGCAGGGAAAAACCAUUGGUUUAUCUUGAUUCUCUCCGAGAGAUACCUCUAUAUCACCUUGAAGGCAUGACAAAUGUGGAUGCUAAGCGAAUAUAUCCCAAAGAGUAUACAAUUUGGAGAGAAGAUCCAGCCAAUUUCAUCAUGAAUGGUAGAUAUCCUGCACGAGAUCUGUGGAUAACUGCAAGAGAUUGUUGGAAGGAAAUGUUAUUGUCGCCUGGUGAAAGCUUUCUGGUUGUGACUCACAAAUCUAUAUUGAGGGCAUUAAUUUGCACUGCUUUAGGCCUUGACCCAGAGAGGUUUCGUUCAAUUGAUAUCAACAAUGGCGGAUUAUGUGUCUUCAACUUCAAUGUCAGAGGAGAAGCAAUGCUUAAGGGUUUAAAUAUGACUGCUCACAUGUACAGUGAUCAUGUCUAUCCUGGUUAGUUCAACCUACAUGCGAAGGCAACACUUGCCAUUUUUAUGGGUAACUGGAAUUUACCAUGGAACAACAACAGUGAAGAUCUGAUGUGGAAUUUUUAGUUUUAAUCAUGUGAAAGUCCGAAUCUUUGGCAAGUGGGUGGGUCCAACAAGGAAGAAGGCUGAUUUUAUAGCAGGGGGUUUGAAUUUUCACACAGCCCUCUCUUCCUUUGAUAUAUAGACAUAUAGGAAUGGAGAACUUGAGUAUAAUUUGAGAAAACUAAUUACGUGAUUUCCAACCUUCGUUGUAUGUAUGGAGUCUAUUCAAUCUCCUCAUUUUCAAUAAAUAUUAUUUGAUGUCACGAUGUGCAAGUCUAGGAAACUCAAAAUAUUUUUACGAGGAGCACUGUUCAAUGCUCUAUAAUUUAUUUUACAUGAAGAUUUAUGUUU